AUAUCUAUCUAUAUAUAUUAGGUGUGUAUGAAUAAUAAAACAAAAAAAUAUGGCUAAAGUUCAAGAACAACUUCAACUGGCAUUGGAAAGCUAUCAAAAACUUCAAAAAGACAUUCAAAAAAUGGUUACUGGUCGUCAACAACUAGAUGCACAAUACAAUGAAAAUAAAAUUGUGAAAGAUGAACUUGAUGUUUUGGAGGCUGGUGCUAAUGUUUAUAAACUAACUGGUCCAGUUUUAGUUAAACAGGAUUUAGCUGAAGCAAAAUUGAAUGUGCAAAAACGAUUAGAUUAUAUUCAAGGAGAACUGAAGAGGCAUGAGAAAUCUAUUAAAGAUUUGCAAUCAAAACAAGAAUCUCAAAGAGAAACAUUAGCAAAACUGCAACAGCAAUACCAAGGAAUUCUACAGAAACAGGGAGUUAAAGUGUAAUCAUCAAAAGAGCUGAAUAUAUAAUUUAUGUUAUGUGUAUUUACAUAGUUGGGUUCAAAUACACCUCUGAAAACA